AUGGACAUCGAUAUGCACUUGACGCAACUCUUGAGCAACCUGACGCUCGAUGGUAUGCCGACAGCUUGUUGUUUGGAGAAAGGCAAGCGAAGAGCACCAACCGACGUCACUAACGGCCGAUCGUCAAGACGCGACCAUCAACGUGCGCAGCCGAGAAACCCGUCGGCAUCCUCAAACUGCACAAAGACCGCCGACGAGCCGCCGCCCUGCGGCUGCGCGCUGCUGCAGUGGCUCCGAGGCCAGCUGCAGGAGGGGCAGUACGCAACCACGGGCGGCGACUACCUCGAGAUCAUCUUCACGCACCGCGAGGCGUUCCAUGCCUUCCCGGACGGCCACCGCACGUGCGCCAUCGGCUUCAGUGAUAUCGCCAUGGACCUUGAGCGGCGGGAGAUGAGGCCGGAUCGGGAGAGCGACCCGGAGGCGGCUGCAGCGUUCAGGCAUGAGGCCUGGGUGAUCGCGAGUAGCGGUAUUUGGUCGCAACCGACUAUAUGA